CACGGAGUAGUCAAGAUGCUCUCUGCAAGGGGCAGCUGGGUGGCACCCGCGGCAGUCUAGCCGCUCGCGAGACACAAGGGUCCCGAGGAAGCUUGGACUUUGGCUAUGCUCCUGCCGUCACGGUGAGAGCCAAGGUAAUUUUUGUGCCGGUAGAGCAAGAACAGAAGUCUACUCGAACAAGUAGUCGGCCGGGGCACCAUUCCAAACCACAGUAUCUACCAGCUUAUCUCGCUCCCGGAAAAUCAGAGCUGGGAGUGCUGGGAAUGACCUCAGAAGAGCGCCCUGAAGCUCAGAGUCUCAGUCGAGGUUCCCCCUCUCCAGGCACCUGGCUUCUCCUCCACUAGCUCGCAGUCGAGAAUCCUUCUCUCUUGGAACGCAUGGUCAUUUUUCACCCAACGCACUCACCUGCACCCAUGCUAUGAGAAAGCUCGCCAGCUGAGCAUUCCAAUCCCUAGCCAGGAAGUCCUCUGCCCCAGGGUCUGAGGGGCCGUCCCACCUGCCCCCCCCCCCCUGACGAAGGGAGAGCCCGCCGAUGUCAGCCUUAACCAGGGCGCGGACGUGGUCGACGAACAGACACGACCAGGAGCAAGCACACGCAGCGGAUCGGGCAGCAAGGCAUGUCUCCUCCGCCGCAACUGCCACUACCACCACCACCAGGUUCAACACCGAAUAUGUCGCCGUCGCCAGAGAUGGCCGCCCCAUCAAGGACAACACGUACGGCGCCGCCGCCGGUCCAGACCUCGAGGCCGAACCGAUAGCCCACCCGACCUUCCUCCAGCCCCGUGUGGCCGCCGUGCUGGGCGUCUCCGAGUGGUGGCACCCCAUCCUAUUCUCCCUGCGGCUGCUGUCCAUCCUGCCGUCCAUUUACCUCUGUUUCCCCGUCGCCAUUCGCUUCCUGCUCAAGCUCCACGCAUUCGCCACCUCGGACGGCGCUGGCGCCGUGCAGGGGCGGACAUCCGGCCAGGACAGGCUGCUCCUGACCGAGACCAUGCUCGCUAUCGUCUGGUGCGGGUGUUCUGGGUACCUGUCCUUCUUCUUCACGGACUGCCUCAUGUCCAGGUGGCUGGUGAACUAUACACCCUCCGCGACGGCCUUCCGCCUUGUCUCCGUAUCUGCCCUCAAUGGUUACCUACAAUCGUGGACCCUCGACCUCAGCGGCAGCUCGCAGGAUCCUUUUCUACUCCUGCCGACCUGGAUAAUUAUAACAAGUACGCUCACCCUCGUCUACCACAUAACACAACGCAAGAUCAACAUCCUGAAGGAAACCUCCACCUCCAUCAGCGUCUUCUCCAUGGCGAGCUACGUCAGUAUGGUCGCCCUCUUGAUUCAGCAGCACUGGGAUCGGGACUGGUUCGAUUUGCCAUUCGUUGCGCUGGGAUAUAGGCUGUUGCGUCAGGGAGGAGAGCUGGUGGUCAGCGUGGCCAACUUUGCAAAUAUCACACUGGAACCUUGAAGGAGAACAGGUAGUGAUGGUAUUGCACUCUCUCUCUUUUUUUACAUGUUCUUCUCUAAUCCGGGAUUUUCUGUCAAAUCUGCUUGAGAUACCCCUUGUUCAGCACAAUCGAGUCGGCAGGAAGCAUCGGGCUGGAGUUAUAACGGUUUGGGCAUGACAGGUUGGUCGGGAAUCUCGAGCCUGUGUAAUCACUAGCGCAGGAGCUUGGUACGGUUGCAGCAAUUAUGUUCGUUCCCCUUUGUAUGUCGCCGGGUCCGUGUGGGUCCGUCCGUCGUGCAGUCUGUCAAUCAGUCAGGGGCAAGACACAGGCCACCUAUCGUGGGCCGCGGGCAGACCAAAUGCGCGAGCAUCAAUGUCACAGGAGAGCCACGUCUAGGGAUAUGAACGAUGUGCCA